AUGUCACUUAUUAAACUUUUUAAGUUUAACAGGAAUUUAUUUACUAAUCUUAGAUUGCGAAAGUGUCAUGUUCAUAGUAUGUUGCAAAUAUGUAAUGAGAUUUCCGAAACAAACGUGGGAAAACAUGUAAAAGUACAGGGUUGGAUUCAUGCAAUCAGAAAAAUGAAAAAUAAUAUUUUUGUUGAUAUCAUGGAUGGAUCGACUUCUAAACCAUUACAAGUUGUGAUAUCAAAAUGUAACAAACCAGAGCAAUUAAGUUAUGGAAGUAGCAUUGCUACAGAAGGAAAAUUAGCCAUAAAUUCAAAUGGUCAAAUUGAAUUACAUACAGACAAUAUUGUUGUAAUUGGUACAUGUAAUGUUAUGGAUGGAUAUCCUUUUGCUCCAAGAAAAUAUUAUGAUGAUGAUUAUGUUAGACAAUUUUUACAUUUAAGACCAAGAAUUAAAAAAUUUUCAUCUUUGUUAAGACUACGUGACAUAGCAUCUGCAUCUAUUGAAAAUUAUUUAAGAAGUAGAGGUUUCAUUAAAAUACAUACACCAGUUUUAACUUCAAAUGACUGUGAAGGUGCAAAUGAAUUAUUUUUAGUACAACCGUAUUCUAAAGAUUUAUUAAAAGAGAUGAAAAAGGAAGGCAUUACAGAAGAAAAAUCAUAUUUUAAUACUAGAACCUUUCUAACAGUUUCUGGUCAGUUACAUUUAGAAGCUGUAGCAAGAGCAUUUACAAAAGUAUAUACUUUUGGAACAUCAUUCAGAGCUGAAAAUUCUAAAUCUAGAUUACAUUUAUCUGAAUUUUAUAUGUUAGAAGCUGAAUUAGCAUUCAUUGAUAAUAUUAAUGAUAUAAUAACUGAAGUUGAAUUAUUAAUAAAACAUGUAGUUAAAGAUAUACUUGAAAAAGGUGCGUCAGAUAUAUAUGCAAUAGGUGGCUGUGAAGUGCAAUGGUUAAAUGAAAAAUUUGGAUGUAUGACAUAUGAUGAUGCGAUUAAUAUUUUACAAAAUAAUGCAAGUUAUUUAAAACCUAUUACAUUUGGAAAAAACCUAUCUAAAGAGCAUGAAUUGUUUUUAGUAAAAUAUAACAAUAAUAUUCCAGUAUUUAUUAUAAAUUGGCCAAAAGAAUGUAAAGCCUUUUAUACGAAAGAAAAAUAUGUAACAUUGCUUUUUUUGAAGGUUGCUGCAGUAGAUCUGUUAGUAUCUAAUGUAGGAGAAUUAGUAGGAGGCAGUAUACGCGAAGAUAAUUAUGAAAAAUUGAAAUCAAAGUUGCCUUUAACAUCUGACCUCUCUUGGUACUUAGAACUUCGAAAACAUGGUAAUGUACCAACAGGGGGAUAUGGAAUGGGGUUUGAAAGAUUUUUACAAUGUGUUUUUAAUAUACCAAAUAUUAAGGAUACCCUCCCUUUUCCAAGAUGGCCACACAAUUGCAAUUUAUAAAUAACAAUUUUAAACUAUUGUAAGCAAUUAAAUAUUACAAAAUAAAAUUUUUCUUAGGAAAAAAUAGAACA